CCCAGCUCACACAUGAGUGGCUCCAACAUCUUCCUGCCCAUACUGUAUUACAUGAUAUUCCUCACAGGUUUCCUGGGCAACCUCUUUGUGAUCUUGGUGGUGGGCAGCAAAGGUAGGAAAAGUGGGCGUCUGGUGGACACUUUUGUUGUCAACCUGGCCCUGGCAGACCUCGUCUUCGUCCUCACUCUGCCUCUGUGGGCCAUGUCUGCAAGCCGCAGCGGCCACUGGGACUUUGGGGCAGCUGGAGACCUUCUGUGUAAACUGAGCAGCUUCAUCAUAGCUGUGAACCGCGUCUCCAACAUCUUCUUCCUUACCUGCAUGAGUGUGGACCGCUACCUGGCGGUGGUGAAGCUGAUGGACUCGAGGUACCUCAGGAGCAGCAGGUGCAUCCGGGCGACAUGUGCUGCUGUGUGGCUGAGUUCUCUGGUGCUGGGUAUCCCAUCUCUUCUGUACCGCAGAGUGGCGCCCUCAGGGGAUGGACUCUCCUGCGUGGAAGAAAACAACUCACCCUUUUUUCUGGGCCUGAGCCUCGCCAUGGCUUUACUCACUUUUGUUAUCCCUGUGUUGAUCAUCGUGCUCUGCUAUGGCACCAUAAUGAUGUAUCUCAAUCAGAACUGUGCUGCCAAUCCUCGGGCUGAAGCGCGGCACAGGCACUCCCUGAAAAUGGUCCUCUCCAUCAUAUUGGCCUUUGUGGUGUCCUGGCUCCCCUUUAACAUCUUCAAAGUCAUCGUUAUCAGCACGAAGCUCUCCGAAGCUGACCUGAGUUGUGAAGCUGAGUCUUGGCAGAGUAACGGGCUCCUCUUGUCGGGAUGCCUGGCCUUCCUCAACAGCUGUGUGAAUCCGGCCAUUUACUUUUUCCUGGACAAUCACUUCAGACGAAGUGCCCAGAACUUGUGCAAGAGGUUCACAGGGAAGCAGAAGUUCCUGCAGAGCCACCACUCUUCAGCCUCUUUCACCAAUGUUGGCACUUCAGAGAGCUGUGGGGCAGUCGGUGGGAGAACUCAGCUCCAGAUGUGUGAGUAGGAGGAGAGGACAUUUGAAAUAAUUUCACUUUGAAGGGAGAAAAGUGCUUUAUGUCGUGCUCAUCGUGAUGAUAAGAGACUUUGUGCACAUUUUUCUCAAGGGAUGUUUGAAUACAAAGUAAAACCAGACACAUGGCAAUACAUUUGUUUUGAGUAAGUACAGUUUUGUGAGUUUGCUUUGUCAUAUUUCUUCUGUAUUCUCAUUUACAACAAAUAUGGAGUAUGCUGUUUAUAUCUGCUUAUGGUGCACCAUGCAGUAGUUUAGAUUUAGGAGUCAGUAAUUGAUAUCUUAUUAUUUUAUGAACAACCUUAAACAAUUUUUUAACAAAAGUAGAUUGAAAUUGUUUGAAUUAAGAGGUUUAAAUAUAGUCUUUAAAUAUGUAGAAUAACUGAAGUUGCAUUUCCUUAUCUUUUAUAUAUAUCAAAAGCAGGAAUGUAUUAAGUUGCAUUAAAAAAUAAAUGCUGAACAGUAAAAUAAUUGAACAAAAAAGAUGUUAUGAUGAGUUGAUAAACUUUCCAUAAAAUAAUUGUUAAUCAAGGAUGAAAGAGUUAAAGAUCAUGAUUCAAAUGUGUUUUAAUUCAAAAGAGAUGUCAGUCGCAAAUUACUUCUUAGUGAUUCCUCUCAAACAACCGGUACAAAGAUGUGAGUUUCACUGCAAUCUUCAGCAUAUAAAUAGCUGCAUCUUUAAACCGUGGCAUG